AUGUCUGAGUCAAGCUCAAGUUCUGGUUCUAUUGAUGAACAAGGAAAUGAAAAAUACUAUGGGUUUAGAUUCGAUACUAUCAAAGCUUUAAAUGAAGUUUUUGAAAGUUCUGUAGAAGAGCCAAAGAUUGAUGAAGAUGGUUUUCCAUUGAUUGAUGAAGAUUGGGAAUUAUCUCAAUUUUGGUACGACAAGGCAACUGGAGAUAGGGUGAUUGAUUAUAUUGCUAAUUAUGUUAAUUCUAUAGAAAAUUGUAAAGUAGCAUGUGUAUCAACACCUUCAAUUUAUCGUGCUUAUAUUAGAAACAAAGAAAAAGUUCCUAAUGCUGAAUUUGUAUUAUUUGAAUAUGAUACUCGUUUUCAAGUAUUUGGAAUUAAUUUUUCAUUUUAUGACUAUAAGAAACCAACAAUGCUAAAAGAAGAAUAUCACCACCAAUUUGAUUUAAUCAUUGUAGACCCUCCAUUCUUAUCUGAUGAAUGUGAUGAAAAAGUUUCUCAUACUGUUGAAUUUUUAGGUAAACCAAAAAAUUACCAAUUAGUCUUCUUAACUGGUAAAUUGGCUGAGCCUUAUUUAAUGAAAUAUUUCCCAGGUAUUUCUUUAACUGAUGUUAGAAUAGAACAUGAACAUCAACUUCAAAAUUCUUUUGGAUGUUUUUCAACAAAAGAUCCAUUAAUUUAA